AUGUCGGCGGCCGUGGAGCGGCGCCUGGCUCAGUUCCGCGCCGCCCGCGGUAGCGCUGCGGCCGCUCCGCGCCCCGCGGACCCGCCGGGAGUGUCCGCGGCUCCGGAGCCCGCCGAGGGACCGCGGGCCGCAGUGGGCUCGGGCGGCGGAGCCGCUCAGGUCCGUCCCGCCCCGGCGGCGGCGGCUCCGGUGUGGGCGCGCCCGCUGCUGCUGAAGGUGCUUCUCUGGGCCGUGCUGCUGGCGCUGUUCGCCGAGCUGGAGCUGGGGCUGCCCUACUUCGUCCUCUCCCUGCUCUACUGGAUGUACGCCGGCACCCGCGGCCCCGCCGAGCGGCGGCCCGGCGAGCUCAGCGCCUACUCCGUGUUCAACCCCGGCUGCGCCGCCAUCGCCGGGACGCUGACGGCCGAGCAGCUGGAGCGGGAGCUGCACUACCGGCCCGCCGCGGGCAGGUAGCGGCCGGCCCGGCGGGCACAGCCGCCGUGCUGGGCCGGACCCGCCGCCGCCCCACGGACCCGAGGAAGGGCCGGUCGUGGAGGAGACGGGGGUUGUCUCUAUGCAAAACGCCUUCCGAGCCUUACUGCUGGCCCCGAGCCCCCCGGCGCCCUCCGGUCCCGAAUAAAGCCGUAGCAAAGGCCGCGCUCUAGUCUGGUUUCCUGGGGCCGGGCAGCUGUUGCGGCCGCUGGCGGGCGGCCCCGAGAGGCACGGCCUUGUCACAGCGUGACUGUGGCUGCCAGCGUGUCAGCAAAAAAAAAUAGUUAUUCCUGGCUGGUGUACUUUUAUGAUACACCACUAUUUUUAAUAUACAGAUCAUUGCAUUAAACCAAAUCUGCCCAGCAAAGUGGAAGAGUCACCAUCCCUGGAAGUGUUCAGAAAACAGGUGAGAACACUUGAGAACAUGUUUUAGUGGUGACUGUUGUGGUGGUGCUAGGUGGACAGCUGGACUUGACCUUAAGGGUCUUUUCCAGCCUUAACGAUUCUUUGAUUCAAUGAAACCAUUAAGUCAUAGUGAAGAGCAGCUGCUAGAACUUGUGCCUCUGAGGACAAAGUUACUGAGAAAACCCACAAACUGGUCCUUCAAAUCCUGCUUUGUAAUUUAACAGUCUUUUGUAAUUUAACAGUUAAACCAGGCUUGACUUACCACAAGUUUCAUCACUGGUUGUGGAAACAAAAGGAAUUGGUGUUUUCAAUUUAACGGGACUGGAAAGAGAUUAAUAGAUUAAAGCACACGUAAUAUAUUAACACUGCUAAGCAUCUCUCAGUAGUUAAACAUCUCUCAGUAGCUCUCCACAGCACUCUCACAGCUUCUGUCUUGGGCUUUUGUAUAAUUUCCAAAUGCUGCUAUUUAAAGCCAACGACAGAAGUUUGUGAUUUACACAUAUUCCACCAUCCUCUAGUAAAAAUCCCUCAGAGUUCUCAUUAUUAUUACAGAUUCCUUUUGACUGUACAAAUAACAAAAGCACAGAGUAUGCUGAGUUGGAAGGGACCCACAAGGAUCACAGAGUCCAACUCUUGACCCUGUACAGGACCAUCCUUGAUGCUGUGACCACUUCCCUGGGGAGCCUGUUCCAGUGCCCAUCCAUCCUCCAGGUGAAAAACCUCCUUCUAAUAUCGAACCUAAACCUCCACUGACACAACUUCAGGCCAUUCCCUCGGGUCCUGUCACUGGUCACCACAGAGAAGAGAUCAGUGCCUGCCCUUCCUCUUUCCCUCAUGAGAAAGUUGUAGACUGCAAAGAGGUCUCCCCUCAGUCUCCAGGCUGAACAGACCAAGUGAUCUUAGCCACUCCUCACACAGCUUUCCCUCAAGGCCCUUCACCAUCUUCAUUGCCCUCCUCUGGACACUCUAACAGCUUAAUAUCUUCCUUAUAUUGCAGUGCCCAAAACUGCACACAAUAUUCAAGGUGAGGUUGCCCCAGUGCAGAGCAGAGCAGGACAAUGCCCUCCCUCGAUUGGCUGGCGAUGCUUUGCCUGAUGCCCCCCAGGACACGGUUGCCCUCCUGGCUGCCAGGGCACUGCUGACUCAUAUUCAGCUUGCCACUGACCAGGACCCCCAGGUCCCUUUCCUUGCCACUGCUUUCCAGCACCUCAUUCCCCAGUCUGUCUGUACAUCCAGGGUUGCCCCAUCACAGGUACAGGAUCCAGCACUUCCCCUUUUUGAACUUCACAUGGUGGUGAUUGCCCAGUCCUCUAAUUUGUCAAGGCCUCUCUGCAGGGCCUCCCUGCCUUCAAGGGAGUAAACAACUCCUCCAGUUUUGUGACAUCUGCAAACUUGCUUAAUGUCCCUUCCAGUCCUGUGUCCAAGUCAUUUAUGAAGAAGCUGAAGAGCACAGGGCCUAAGAUGGAGCCCUGCAGAACCCCACUAAUGAUUCUGCAUUUUGGUUUUGAUUAACAUAGGCUCUGCAAGUGGUAGUGGACACAGAUUAGCAAAUAUAAAUCUUUGUCUCCUGAACAGUGAACCUUUCCAUUCUUAAAAACUAUACUAAUUAUAGGUCAAAAAGUAGUCAGAUGAUACUCAAAACACCUGUAAACAAUGAAAUUUUGUGAGUUGAAACUUUAUUCACAACAAUAAAAAUAAACAUCAGCGUAGUGUUUAUGGGGAGUUGAUAAUCUGACAUCCUGUACAGUUCGAUUCUAUGGGUGUUUUUUAAAACAAGGAAAUACAUGCAAAUAAAUAUUAAAUAUAAGGUAAGAUUUGGGAAAUUAUAAAACUUCAUAGCAGCAAUGCUGGAAAUAAAGUUUUCACUUGCUAUAAACUCUAGUUGCGUUAUGUCCAGAUGGAUUUAUAGGCUCUUGUAUUUAAUGCUUCAUGAAACAAGUUAUCACAAGAAGUGAGCAUGAAGCUGGAAGGCACAAGAAAUAAAAACUGACACAGUUCAUCUGUUCCAGUGCUCUGUGUUGGUUUGCUUAUUUCAUGCUACCCAAAUAAAUGUACAUUACACAUUUUGAAAUAGAGACGGCAUGAAUAACAAAGGCUUGUAAAAGGUUUUACUGAAGUAGAUAAAGAAUGAUGGAGAAAUUGGCAUUGAGGCCUUGCUUUGUCUCUAAAUACAUGAAUACUGUAAUUCUGCUUUGGUGGCAAUAACUUUCACUGAGUUAUUCUUAGAGCGGAUUUAAAAAAGUUUGAAGAAGUGAGAGCUUAAUAAGAGAGGGAAAAAAAAUUCCUCCACAACCCUCUGCUUGGGUUUCUCCACAACCCUCUGAUCUCACUUUGUUACCCUUAUUUUUCUCUUGUAUUUUAACAAGGCAGAAGUUACCAAGAUAAGUUUGACAUCUGGUGCUGGAGCUAUUCUUGUGGGCUCAAAGCGCUCAUUUCACUUCUCAAAUGACCAGGAGGGCCAAGAAGAGCCUACUAACUCAAAAACAUGUCAAGCUGUUGAAAGAAUCUUGUGACAGCAACUAAGUACAGAAAUCUCAGCUGAACGUGGCCUGACAAGUGGCAGCAUAGACGCUACUGCCUACCGUGCCUCCGCUACUGAUGCUGUUGGCUGGACACUUCAGAGGUUUCAUACUGCUGUCUCUCUGGACAUACAGAUGUUCUAAUCUCCAGCGCUCCCAGCUUUUCCGAAAUUCCAUCUGAACCUAACAGAAGCAAAGAAGAAAACAAAGGGAAUGAAUGUAGAACUAAUCAGCUCUUUAAAUGACUCCAUUUGCAUUAGAAAAGAGCAAGGGAAAAAAGGGGAAAAGAAAGAUACCACACUACUGAGAAAAGCUGAAAAUGCUUUAAACCCUGCAAUAUUAUUGCUUCAAAUUAUCCAAUUAUCUCAUUAGUCUAUUGUAGGGUAUUUCACAUUUAAAAUAAUGACAUUCCUGUUUACCUGUAGAAAUAAAGCUCCUUUAUGCACCAGAAAAA